CUGUAAGAUACUUUUUAGUGGUUUGUCGUGAAGAGAAUAGGAAUAAGUCAUUUAUUAUGUAAACUGGCUGAGUGAAAGUUUCGGUCACGUAUUUAUGACUUACAACAACAUGUAUGCACAAAACACGGUGAAUCCCCUAUAUACGCUGUCUUUUAUAUAUAGUCUUAAAAACAGGCUAAAACUACUGCGCAGUUAGGAACCCUCUCUUAAAAUGAUUUCUAGCGGUUUGGGACGAGUUGUUGCCUUUACGGGAGCCGCGGGCGCGGUAGUCGGUGUGGUGGCGGGGUUCCGGCGGCGGCAGGCUGAGUUUCAGGCGGCUGCCCUGCGCGAAUUCUCCCGCCCGUCUUACAACCCUCCACCUGCCGCUUACACCGGGCCUGUCUUCAAACCCCGACUCGACUUCCCGUCUCGUGCGAACCCAAACAACGAGACCUUCCCCUGGCUGGACAUAGACUUCAGGACGGAGCCAGAGAAAUAUCUGUACACCGUCAGGGACUACUGUUUGGAAGGGAAUGUCGAGUGCGACUUUAAGGUGGAUCAGAACCAGACCCGUGACUGGUACCACGUCCCCUGGAUGUCGUCCCAGCCCACAGGACGCGAGCCCGUCCACGGCCUGACCAUGGAGAAGUCGUCCAAACAGGGGAUGUUGUCGGAGUCGCAGCGGAGAGAGGUGCAGAACUGGGCGGUCGCCUUCUACAACUCCCCCGGGGCGAACGCCGUGGGGCAGGUGUGGUCCCUCCCUUGGAAACCCGCACAGAACGGCGUCACCUUUCCAGAGGGUACCGUAGGGUUCAAGCCGCUUUUCACACAGGCGACGGAGGAGGAAGUUCCCAUCCUUAAGGGCAGUCCGGUCUGGAAAGCGGCGAUCGCUAAAACCCCACGAGAACCCGGAGACAGAGGUCCACCUGUAGAGACGAGGCUGAUUCAGAUGGACGUGGCCGUCAGAGACGACAGGGCCGACAUCGGCUGGGUGUUCGGGACGUUUGUGUACCACAGCUCCCAGUCCAAUGACGCCCCCUGGCGGCGGCUGGUGCCCGUCUGUCUGCAGUGGGGGAACGAUCCUGACCUGACUCAGCAGCGGUACCAGGAGGGCGCCCGGCCCGUACAGACUUGGAACAACCCAAGGAUCAGGGAGCUGGGGAUACUGUCUGGUUCCCGUCCGUACCUAGGCUGGCUGGGCCGCGCAAACGGACCGGUGGACAACUUCAAGUCCUGCUGCGCCUCCUGUCACUCCACGGCCGCAGUACCGGACAAGGACAACUCCGUCCCUCGUGUAGUUCCCCCCAAGGACGCCACCCCCGACCAAGCCUUGCGCUGGUUCCGUAACCUAGCACCUGGACAGGCCUUCCAGAAGGGCGGCAAGUCACUGGACUACUCCCUGCAGCUCAGCAGCAGUAUCAGCCAAUACAACCAGUGGAAAAGGUCCUACCUGAAAAAUACCCUCUUUGGUAGACUAAAGGACUGGUGGCAGGAGGCAAAUCCAUUCCAAACAGUGCCUCCUAGUGGCAAGGAUGAUUAA